AGCCUUUGCUCGCGAACGACGAAAGUGUUGACAUCUCCAGCGCCAUAUUGACUGUCGUAGGAUCCGAGAAAAACCCUAAUUCCUUUCCUCAACUGUCGCUACCAUCGUUGCCGUCAUCCUUGUCCAGCCGUCCGUAUCUAAGUACACGUUGCGCAAUAUACUUGCUCCGGCUACCGCAGCUAGUCCUGAAGAACGAAUAUGCUAGCCAGUCCGUUCCUCCGCUCUAACCUUCUUUUCUUUCAUUUCCUGUCCCUCGCGCUUCUCUUGGGGCAUACCUUCUCGAGCGCUUGUUUUUGGCGCAGCUCCAUAUGAGCCACAUCAUCAUAGCCGACGAACCAUCUCGAGUGUGCAGCCGUCGCCCGUAUGCUGGAAUUAGCGCUGAACAACUUUCUCUUCAUCCAAUGGUCACGUUCUAAUCGAUGUUGGCGCUUUGCAACGCGUCCGCAGUAGUAUCGCAUCACACUUCGAGGACCCUGAUUUCUGGUACUCUACAACGCUCGUACAUGGACGUGGAUCCUAAAGCAACUCGCAAUAGCAGAGCAGCACUGCUUUUCGCUACGUAUGAUCCAUACUGAGCCUUAGCAGAUUUAUCAUCAAAGGCGUGAUUUGCAGGCCCAUGCUUGUUCUGCCGACGGGUCCAGCUCUUGGGAACGCCAUCCACCUCGGUGAAACGCCUUACACCAGGAGACCUCCCAGCCCACGCGCAGCUUCAGUAUCGAAUUCUGGCCUGCGAUCUUCAGAAGCUGCGCCAAGCGACAACGUCGUAGGACGCAGUUUAUGAUGACACAUGAAAACAAUCAGGUGAGCCGAGUGCUUGGGUUUUGACGUUUUCCGCAAUGUAGCUCAGCUCAUCUUCUGCGCGAAGCCGAAAUAGCUCAAGCCUCACACCCUGUUCAGUAAGCGCUCAUCUACCCUGGUGAUUUUGGAGAGAACGGGCGCCAAAGUUCUUUGGUAACCAAUGUACUUCGAAUUCGCGUAGAAGAAAGAGUAGCCUUUCCGAGCAAUACAUUUCUGGAGUGUCCAGCCGCGUUUGAAUUAUUCGGACUGUCUAAUGAUUGCUUUGAGAUCUACCACUGGCACCUCCUCACCUGCGGCAUCCUCUACAUCAAGAAAUACACAUAGUAGCGUCCAGCAUCGCAGCACCGGGCAAACAAGGAAUUUAUAGCCUCGGGAAGUUCACCUGUAUCGCCAGUCUUAUUGAUGCAGCAAGUGUCCGACCACGUCCACUCAAAACAAUUGUCGAGAGCCUGUGCACCAAAAUCACAUAUCAUUAGAUAGCCAGGUCGGUGCUGUGUGACGACCAUCCAACAACUGCUGCAGAUUCACUUCACGAUACCGCAAUCUAUGGCUGAAGAUGGCAUAUUUUGGACUUUUUGCGUCAUUGAGGAACUCUUCCAGCGCAAGGCUCCGCGUGUUGACAAUUCAUGAUGGAUGGUAACGCUUAUGAGAUGGACGGAAGAUAGGGCCAACAAUCAUCAUUAUCUUCGUUCUAGGGGAUAUAUGAACAGGGAAUAAGAGACUGUGUCUUUCGUAAUACGGAUUAUGUAGGCAUGAUGGAGACCCGAGUAUGCCUUUUCGUCAUGGUUGUCCAAAGUUGGCUGUGCAUAUCGAAUGUCGUGAGAGCAUGCUCCGUCCUGUGAGCCUUGCCGUGCCUCAUUACGCUCAAGCGCGGCGCUGCUGCAGUUGGUUUCGCGCCUCUGGGUCAAAUAUCACGUUACAGUGGUAAAAAGCAGCUAAGGACUACGAUUGCCGAUGCGUAUUGGAUCACGCGAAUCUUUGAGAAUUCGUUCUCUGCCACCCAUUCACAAUGGGCAGCACAGUUGAAGAACUAGCUUUGAGAGGCGCGUGUGAUCAAUAUAAACAUGCUAUAAUAUACCAACAAGCAUACGAUUCAGGUUCGAGCGGCGAAAAUUAGGGCAUCCGAGACGUGCACAAGUAGGGAAUUUCCCGCAAUAGACUCGCAGACCAUGCAGAUACCGAACGAUGACCAGAGUUACAUUCGCCGCAGUCUUCCAUUGCCGCGUCUGACUGACUACAAGCGCAUGUUACAUUUCUCGUUGUAUUCGCAAGAAGCGGAGGAUGCCCAGUCGUCGAGAUGAGUGUUCUGAGGGCGGCGUCAUGUCUGUGGCAGUGGAUCUGUCAUCAGCAUUGAGAUCUUCACGAGUCGACGGAAGUGUGUGGAAUUUGAUGAGCUGGCUACAACAGGCAUUCAACUCUCUCUUCGAUAUUUGAGCGGAGACGAUCGAACCAGAGGAUGACAAUGACGCGGAGUGGGAUUGAAAGUGGAAAGUGGGCGCGCAGGAAAGCGGAAGUAGACGAGGGGUCUUGGCCCAAGCUCAGACGCCAAAAUAUCGAAGCACGGCGGAACCACUCACAGUCUCUUCGCCUGUCACCAACACGCACGUUCAAAACCCGCAUUCACUUCUACGAUAUCAUUUGCCUCAAGUGUCGCCGAAGGCUUGGAGUCGCACGUCUGUUGCCGCUUCACCUCCUUUGGUCAGGCUGCCGCCAGUGAAUCGCAGCCUACCGGAGCCUGAGCUCCUUUGUCUCCGUUAAAAAAAGGCUUCGCGCUCCGUGUCGAAGCACCAUCUCUUUUCAAGUCGCUCCAUACACAGAAUAUCACCCCCCAGAAUGGCCUCAGAGACUUCCGCCGCUCCUAUUCCGCAGACAGAUGGGGCCAGCGAAGCCAAGAACGGGUCAACCCUUCAAGAGCCGGAGUGGGAUGUGGAAGUGAAGCUCGCAGAUCUGCAGGCGGACCCGAAUAACCCGUUAUAUUCUGCUAAGAGUUUCGAGGAGCUAGGAUUGCCCCCAGAUGCUCUAAAGGGCCUGUACUCCAUGAACUUUCGAAAGCCUUCCAAGAUCCAGGAGCGUGCUCUGCCUCUUCUCCUUGCCGACCCGCCAACGAAUUUGAUCGGACAAUCGCAGUCGGGUACAGGUAAAACUGCCGCCUUCGUGCUCAACCUUCUCAAGCGCGUUGACUUGACCAAAAACUCCCCGCAAGGUCUCGUGCUCGCACCCUCCCGCGAGCUAGCACGCCAAAUUGUGGGCGUCAUAGAGACUAUGGGUGCAUUUAUGUCCAACCUGAAGGUCGACGUUGCCGUACCCGACCCUACACGCAAAGCUCCUCUCACAGGACACAUUGUUGUAGGCACGCCUGGCACAGUCAUGGAUCUGGUUCGCAAGCGCAUGCUCAACCCGUCAACAGUGAAGGUCCUUGUGCUCGACGAGGCGGACAACAUGCUUGACCAACAAGGACUGGGCGAUCAGUGCAAGCGCGUACGUGCACUGAUGCCAAAAAAUAUCCAGGUCACCCUUUUCUCUGCCACUUUCCCCGAUCAGGUGCUCGCCUUUGCCCAGACCUUCGCGCCAAACGCCAACCAGCUCACGCUCAAGCAUGAAGAACUCACAGUGGAGGGCAUCAAGCAAUUCUUCUUUGACUGCGACUCCGAAGAAACAAAAUACAACACGCUCGUCCAAUUCUACGGCCUUCUCACCAUUUCAUCGUCCAUCAUUUUUUGCAAGCGCCGAGAUACUGCCCAAGAAAUUGAGCGCCGAAUGAUCGCUGACGGCCACCAAGUGGCUCACCUUUCUGGUGCCCUCGAGGGGGCCGAUCGUGACAACACGAUCGAUCGCUUCCGUUCUGGCGCAGCGAAAGUACUCAUAACCACAAACGUCCUAGCCCGUGGUAUCGAUGUAUCCUCGGUCACCAUGGUUGUCAACUACGACAUUCCCGAGGGUCGAAACGGACAGGCUGAUCCAGAGACUUACUUGCACCGCAUUGGCCGUACUGGACGCUUCGGCAAGGUCGGCGUUGCGGUCAGCUUUAUUAGUGAUAGACGUGGGUGGGAGCAGCUAAACGAGAUCUCAUCACAUUUCAAGUGUGCAAUUGAGCCUCUUCCAACCGACGACUGGGACAAGGUCGAGGAGAUCGUUAAGAAGGUCAUUAAAAGUAAUAGGGCAGGAAAGACGACAAAGGAAAUGCAAAGCGAGGGCGAUGCAAUGAUUGAUGGUGCCGCAGCAUAGGACGUCCUUUUGGGUCUUGAAGGAAAGAGCCUGGAAUUUGGACACGAUGAGAUUGAUGACGGUUCUAAGCACCACGAACCUUAGAGUCAUUGUGAGGAAUCAGGUAUUCGAACUGAAGGAACGACGGAACGUGUUUGUAUGUGCAAACGAGGGCUCGGAACUCUUCUCCAUUUCAUGGACGUGCUGUGCAUGCAUAUCUUGAUGGAUUUCAGCAGCGAGUUCUUGUCACGCAUUUAGCCGCGGGGACGGGCGCAUCACAAAAACGAAGCUUUAGAUAUCCCCUGACUCAGUCGAAUUCAAGAAAUAAUCUCAUCCAGAACCUGUCUAUCACCAUAUGUUGGAUUUGGCGCAGAGGUUCACUCGUCAAGCGUUGCGCUUAGAACAUCCAGCUGGCAAGCGAAGGCAAUUGCUCAGGAGUCGAUUGCCUGUACGUCUGAUACAUCUGCACGUGAAAUGUGCGCCGACUCAACUAAUACUUGAACACCAGACAGUAA